CGGGGGCCCCGCCCACCCGCCAGUCACGUGAGCGCCAAGAUGGCGGCGCUCGGGCGUGAGGCGGGGGCUGACCCCGGAGCGAAAGGUGUGGUGCCGGUGGGAGCUGGGGAAAUGCCCAAGGACAUCAAGAUGGCAACAUACACACGUGGUCAACCCAACCCCUCUCUAGGAGAUAACAAACUCGGAUCAAUGGUCAUUGAAAUCAUAGAAAAAAAAAUUGAGUAUCUUAGAAAAGAAAAUACUUUAAAUAUACGUGGGACACUGCUCAUUGGAACAACAGCUGGUUUCUCUGGAAUAUUGGCAAACUUCCUUUUCAGACACUGCUUCAAGGUUAAACAUGAUGUUUUGAAGACAUAUGCAUCAUUGACUACACUUCCGUUUUUGUCUACCUUAGUUACUUAUAAGCUCCUUGUUACCGAUGCUUUGUAUUCAGGUAAUAUAAGCAUGGAAGAAUAUGCUCUGAGAAGUUCACUGGUUAGCAUAGUAUGUGGUGUUUUAUAUCCAACUGGUUUGGCUUUUUCUAAAAAUGGACGUCUGGCAGUAAAGUACCAUACUGUUCCACUGCCACCAAAAGGAAGGGUUUUACAUCAUUGGCUGAUGCUUUGUCAAACAGAUAUAAAAGGAAUGUUGGUUCCUCUAGCCUUUCAGAUAGUCUUUGGAACGUAUAUAGGUAUACAACAUUAUGAAAAAUUUCAGAGUACAUUAGAGAAAACUGUACAUGAAGAUUAACCAAAUAGUGAAUGGAUUUUUUUAUGGUGAGGACUCAGGUAUUGCUGAAAGAGUUCAAAGUAACUCUGGACAAUUUGUUUCUAUUCUUUUGCCUAGUGUAUAGCAGGUUCUCAAUAAAUAUUCAGGAACUCAAUAAAUAAAUAUAAGUUCUUUCUUUCUUCCUCA